CAGGCAUGGCAUGCCAGUGCGGCGGACGCCGGCUCGCCGUUCGGUCGCUCGCUCCGUCCGGGUUGAAGCUUGAAGCGCCGCGCCGCCGCCGUGAGUCACCAAACCACACGGCGUCCCUGCGUAGCUCCGCCGCCAGCGAAACACUACACGUCUCGAGUCCGCUGCAGCCGUUGAAGGCAGCCAUGACCAACAAGGACACGAACGCCGUGGCCGAGGUGGCCGACGCGGCCGGUAUGGAGGUCGUCGAGGCCACGGCCGUGGACGCGGCCGACGUCACGGUGUACGUGGCCCUGGACGUGAGCGGCUCCAUCCGCGGGGACGUCAUCUACCCCUCGUGGGUGAUGAACGACCUGAAGAACCUGCAGCUGCCCGCCGGCAGGACCAAGUGGAUCCUCUGGGGCACCACCGGGGAGUUCAGGGACUCGCUCGACGACGUGCUGGAGUACCUCAAGGACCAGUCGAAGCACCUGUGCGGCAACGAGCCGAUCUGCUUCCUGGACAAGAUGCCCCCGUCCGGCGUGGUCGACCUCCACGUGUACACGGACGGCGAGAUCGACGAGUACAGUGUGACAGACGCCCGGCGGCGGCUCGCCACGCACGGCCAGCACCUGCGGUUCCGCGAGGUGGUCGUCAACUACGUCAACAGCCACCUCGAGCAGAUGAACGUGGGGCUGUCCGCCAUCUUCGACGGCUACGUGCUGGAGAUGCACCGCACGCGCGUCGCGCAGGGCGGCGACAAGAAGUUGAUCGAGUUCGCUGCAGUGCCCAUCUCCGAAACGGUGACCGCCGUCGACAUCCUGGACCAGUACAUCGGGCUGGGCAAGUCGGAGGCGGACAUGACGACGGGCGUGCACUACCUGGCGCAGCGCUUCGCCAACGCGUCCCCCGCGGCCCGCCGCGACAUCCGGCGGCUGGUGAAGGAGCGCGUGGACGCCGUCAUCGAGGAGCACCGCGUGCGGCGGAUGGCGGCCGAGGAGGAGAAGGCCCUCCUCGACGCGGUGGCCAACGGCGACUGGGCGGCCGCCAAGAAGCCGUUCGUCGGGCACGCCGUCAGCGACGACGUCAAGAUGGUGCAGGGCUACUGCCAGCGCUUCCUCAACGAGACCAAGCAUGGGUCUCUGAUCCGCGUCUCCGCCUACGCCCCCAUGGUGCUGAAGAGGGGGGCCGGCGAGCAGUUCGACGAGCAGGAGGAGGUGCUGCUGGACCACAUCAUGUUCCUGGGGAUGGGCAAGAACGCCGUGAUCGUGAUGCCCGCCCAGCUGGACAUGCCGAACCCGCCGGACGUGGACAAGGUUCGCGGCAAGUCUCGCGCGGCGCGCAUGGCGCGUCUGGCCGCCAGGAGGCGCCUCUUCAACACGCCGAUCAAGUGCGCGCUGGCGGUCAACGUCAAGGCCAACUUCGACAACACGUUCGGGCUGGACACGCUGUUCUCGCUGCGCGACCAGCAGCACACGGACGGCGUCUCGGACGUGGCCAACCCGUGGCAGGCGCAGGACGAGGAGGACGAACAACCCGAGCGGCGCCCCUUCAACUUUGGCGAGUUCUUGCAGGGCCUGCAGGCCGGCGCGCACCUCCGCAAAGAAGACACGGUGGCCGCGGUGGACGUGGGGCCGGAGGCGCUCAGCUCGGGCGCGUACAGCUUCGGCGUGAACCCGUUCACGCGGCAGCACAUGGACUGCGUGCUGCUGGUGCCGGCCUCGGCGGAGUCGCUGCCCGCGGACCGCCUGGCCCAGGUGGACGCGUGGAACGCGCACAUGCUGUCGCGGUUCGUGCGCGGCGGCCGCUCCAUGCCGUCCGUGGCGCUGUCGCUGGCCCUGGUGCUGGAGAAGGCCUUCGCCGCCUGGAAGACGCACGAGAUGGCCCGGCCGGAGGACCGCGCCGAGGCCGAGAAGCUGCGCGCAGUGUGGCGGCGGUACGUCGGCGGCAUGGCCACGCCGCUCACCUUCACCGUGGGGCUGCCCGUCAUCAUCAAGGGCACCUUCGCCACGGCGGCGCGCCUGGCGUGCGCCGUGCUGCAGGCCGCGCUCGACCCGCGCCUGCCGCUGGACGUGCUCACGCAGUUCUGGUGGACGCAGAGCGAGGAGGACGCCGCCAAGGUCUGGGACGCGCUGCGGGUGUACGCGGGGCCCGCCUUCCAGGACCAGCCGUUCCCCAGGGCGCACUUCCGCACGCUGAGCGCGCUCAUGUCGGGCGUGCAGUACUCCAAGUCGGGCCGCGACGCGCGCCUGCGCGCCAAGAAGGGCCGCUCCUACUCCGUGCGCAUGUACACCAAGCGCCUGGACCAGCUGGCCGCCGCCGGCUGCCACCCCGACAGGCUGGCCCACGAGGAGAAGGCCGUGCGCAAGGACCUGACGGGCGUGGCCGAGGCCGAGCCUCUGCUGUGCGUGCACGGCGUGGAGGUCGACAAGUGCCGGCCCCUGGAGGGCCAGCAGCACGACACGCUGUGCGCGCAGACCUGCAGGCCCACCCUGCUCAACAAGGCCACCAUGGACAUGUGGUACGUCGGGCUGCCCGAGGACACGGAGACCCUGGCCUUGGAGUCCUUCCACAAGGCCAUGUGGCAGCUGGCUCGCAAGCGCAACAAGGGAGGCAGGAUGGUGUACUCCCAGUUCCCGCCGCCCGAAAGGAAGUUCGAGGACUACGUGAACCACCGCGUGCGGGCCGCCUGGCUGCUCAAGGACCCGGCCAACGCGCGGGUGCUGCCGACGGCGCCGUGCGCGCGCCUGGCGCAGGACAUCGCGCUCACCUACCACUCGUACGUGGAGCUGGCCCAGAGGAAGCCCAACAUGACGUGCAAGAAGUUCGUCAAGGCCCUGAAGGCGCGGCGCGAGGUGUGCGAGUUCGACGAGUGCUGCCAGUUCAUCCGGGAGGCGGCCACCACGGACGAGCGGCGCGCCUGGAUCGACGCGCACUCCACGCUGGAGAAGGUGGCCGGCAACAAGGACGUCCUCAGCGGGAAGGUGUCCUACCGCACGCUGUGACACAACUGAGCUUCCAAACGCUAUGAAUAUAGCACGUUUGGUGCAAUGUACUGAGAUAUCGCACCAUACGUGCUAUGCCUCAGCCAUAUUGCACCUUACGUGCAAUGCGUCCCGAUGAUGCCCUACGCUAAUGCAUGGGAAUGGAGGCAUUGCACUUCAUGUGCAAUUCUUUUGCAUUAGGCAAAAGAACCAACCAGACUGCCCAAUGUGGCAAACGUAAGACAGUUUUCACAGUUCGCAUGAUGGUUUUGUAAAACUUUUGUUUUGUUUCUAUGAAACUAUAUGAAGUCAGUAGCCAAGGCUGCUUAUUCUUCUUUAUUGCUUUUGUUAAAAAAAAGAUAUAUGUGAUACGUAGAAGACUGACUCUUUUGUACAGUGUGUGAGUGGACCACAAACUGUUUUUCUUUUGUUAUGUUUAGAGUUAAUAAAAACCUUAGGAGUAAACUGAAUGUUUGUGAAUAAGGUCAUUAUGUAUGUGAUGACUGUUACUUUAUUUUCUUGGGACUAAGCACAGCAAAAUAAAUAAAAUCACAAAGAAAA